GGCUGAGGAGAGUAUGUGACUGCUGUGAGGUUUUCAGUUCAAUUUAUCCACACACAAAUUUUCCCUCUCGCUUUCUCUAUCCUUUUCCUCUUCAAAAUGGACUCUCUCUCCAAAUGAAACAAAGCGCUGAAAAGAAAACAUGUCAUUCUUUAAAUCAUUUGCUGCAAAUUCCUCUAUAUUCUCUCCCAAGGAAGCCACCAUGGCCAUGAUGCAAUCCUCUCCUUAUAUAGUGCGUAUCUACACUCACUCCCAUGUUUUGUCGCGAAGAACUUGCUCAUCUUUUAGAAGUUCUUCAGUGAAAGUCUUUGCUUUCUUAAACAUUACAAACUAUUCAACGAACACUGGCGGUGAGUUUUUGUCUUCUUCAAAGCGAAGAUCUCGAGGGCCUGUUAUGGCAGCUAAAAAGUCAGCUGGAGGGGAAAAGCAAGAGGAGGGAAAGUACAAGCAUACUGUUAAUUUGCCGAAGACGACAUUUGGCAUGAGAGCAAAUGCUUUGGUGAGGGAACCUGAAAUUCAGAAAAUGUGGGAUGAUAAUCAGGUGUUUAAGAGAAUAGUUGAAAAAAAUGACGGGGGGAAUUUUGUUCUUCAUGAUGGCCCACCUUAUGCCAAUGGUGAUUUGCACAUGGGUCAUGCUCUAAAUAAGAUAUUGAAGGAUAUUAUUAAUCGUUAUAAGCUACUUCAAAAUUAUAAAGUUCAUUAUGUUCCUGGAUGGGAUUGUCAUGGACUGCCAAUUGAAUUGAAAGUCCUCCAGUCCUUGGAUGCUGAUGUCAGAAAGGAUCUAACACCAAUAAAAUUAAGAGCAAAGGCCGCGAAAUUCGCCAAAGCAACUGUCAAAACUCAGAUGACAUCAUUUAAGUACCCAGAGGGUCAUAUAUCCAGAAGCAUAUAUGCGAUUUUCAGAUUAGUGAGAGCACCAACUAUGGACAGCCUAUUAGAAGAAUUUUUUCCAGAUUUGUGCUUGGCAGUGUGGACUACAACUCCAUGGACAAUUCCAGCCAAUGCUGCUGUUGCAGUGAACGCCAAACUUCAGUAUUCUGUUGUUGAAGUACAAUCAUUAUCAGAAGAUGAUUCUUCGUCCCCUGGGAGUAAGAAGAGAAGGCUGGGGAAUGUUCUCAAGGAGCAAAAAAAGCUUUUCCUUAUAGUAGCAUCUGAUCUUGUGCCAACUCUAGAAGCAAAAUGGAGUGUGAAGCUUAUUGUCAACAAAAUGCUGCUGGGUUCAGAUCUCGAAAACUGCAGAUAUAUCCAUCCAAUAGAUGACAGGGAAUGCUCAGUUGUUCUUGGAGGAGAUUACAUUACAACAGAAUCAGGUACAGGCCUGGUGCAUACUGCUCCUGGCCAUGGACAAGAGGAUUAUGUGACAGGCCUGAAAUAUGGACUGCCUAUACUAUCCCCUGUAGAUGAUGAGGGAAAGUUCACUGAAGAAGCAGGACAGUUUAGUGGGCUUGAUGUCCUUGAUGAGGGUAAUAUUGCCGUUGUGAAAUACUUGGAUGAACAAAUGUCUCUUGUUAUGGAAGAAUCAUAUGAACACAAGUAUCCAUACGAUUGGCGAACUAAGAAGCCUACAAUAUUUAGGGCAACUGAACAGUGGUUUGCAUCUGUAGAAGGGUUUCGUCAAGCUGCUAUGGAUGCGAUUGCUCAUGUAAAAUGGGUACCACCUUGCUUAUGUUCUUUUUCAGGGUCUUCUUGGGCUGCUGUGUUAGGAACAAGAGAGGGUGUUAGUUUUCCUGCAGAUCUGUACCUUGAGGGCACAGAUCAGCAUCGGGGGUGGUUCCAGAGUUCAUUGUUAACAAGUGUUGCAACAAAAGGGAAGGCUCCAUAUUCCACUGUUGUAACUCAUGGAUUUGUAUUGGAUGAAAGAGGUUCAAAGAUGAGCAAAUCUUUGGGUAAUGUCGUUGACCCACGUAAUGUUAUUGAGGGAGGGAAAGACACUAAGGAAGCACCUGGCUAUGGAGCUGAUGUUUUGCGGCUUUGGGUUUCUAGUGUAGACUAUACAGGGGAUGUAAUGAUUGGCCCACAAGUCUUGCGCCAAAUGUCUGACAUUUAUAGGAAGCUGAGAGGAACAUUAAGAUAUCUUUUAGCAAAUCUACAUGAUUGGAAAGUAGAAAAUGCUGUUCCAUACCAUGAUCUUCCCAUGAUUGAUCAACAUGCAAUGUUUCAGCUUGAGAAUGUUGUAAAGAACAUAAGAGAGAGUUAUCAAAACUACCAAUUCUUCAAAAUAUUCCAGAUGAUACAAAGAUUUGUAAUUGUUGAUUUAUCAAAUUUUUAUUUCGAUGUUGCCAAAGAUCGGCUAUAUGUCGGGGGCACAUCAAGUUUUACAAGAAGAAGUUGUCAAACUGUCCUUGCUGCACAUCUACUAUCGAUUGUGAGGAUAAUUGCUCCAAUAUUGCCUCAUUUGGCUGAAGAUGUGUGGCAAAAUCUUCCGUUUGAGUACGUAAAUGAAGAUGGUUCCGUUGCCAAAUUCGUUUUUGAGUUGAAGUGGCCUGUCCUGAAUGAAACAUGGCUUUCAUUUUCUGUUGAAGACAUUGAUUUCUGGGAAAGACUGCUGGAGAUGAGAACUGAGGUGAAUAAGGUACUGGAGAUAGCUCGUACUGGGAAGUUGAUUGGUUCUAGUUUGGAGGCAAAAGUUUAUCUGCAUACUGCUGAUGAUAGCAUGACUUCUAGAUUACUAAAAAUGUGUGGAGCAAGCAAUGAUGCAGACACAUUGCCACGUAUAUUCAUAACAUCACAGGCAGAGGUACUUUCCUCUUUGGAGGAUGUGGCGGGAAGAAAUAUUGAAUAUACAGGAGAGUAUCUUGUAGAUGGGAACAACAAGGUUUGGAUUGGUGUCUCACGUGCAGAGGGCCAUAAAUGUGAAAGGUGCUGGAAUUAUUCGUUUCAGGUUGGAUCUUUCCAGGACCACCCAACUCUUUGCAGUCGUUGCUACAAGGUUGUUGCUAUUGAACCACUUCCUGCUGUUGCAGCAGUGAGCUGAGACCGUUCGAAUCCAAGUUGAUACAGAGAGGCCUCGAUAAGGCAGUACAACUCAAUACCGACUGAGCUCCUAUAUAUCCAUUUUUGUCAGGGAUAAAUUAAUUUAAAGUCUCAAAAGAAUUCCGCAUCAACUGCCAAUUAACUAUAUACAUAUCCCAAUUAUUAAAAACAAAGUGAAAUUUUUUAAUUUAUACGAAUAAAGACCGUACAAUUUGAAGCGAUUUU